CGCGCUACGAACUGGGUCUACCCUAAGAAGUUAUCGAAACGAACUCGCCGUCGCCGUCGCUGUCGCUGUCGCCGCGUCAUCAACGCAAAUAACAACGAACAACAAACAUAACAACGACAACAACAAAACUGUGCAAAAAUGCCAGGCAUUUUAUACUGCGGCAUAUGAGGCGUAUGAGUGAUAUUCCUACUGCUGUCAAGGCUGCAUUUAUUAUAAAUUUCGUCGGUUCGCUUUGUCAUUAUUGCCGCGCGUGUGUUUAAUUAUUGCACUCACUGUGGACGUGUGUAUGUGUAUGUGUGUGUGUGUGUAUAUUUCAUAUGCCCACAAAUGGACUUCGGUGGCUCGCAUUGCAUUCCAGCAAUUACAAUCCUGCCGCGUCUGCAGUUGCUUGCGUGCCACAAACAAUUUCCUUGUGCCUGACCAAUUAGCCGUUGAAAGUAUAAAGUCUGCAUUUGCAGCAGCAACAACUUGAUCAAUCUGUUGCCACACGCCUCAGCAAGUGACAGUGCAUAAAAAAAACGUACAAGCAAAGUGCAACAACAUUAAAUAUAAGAAAAAAGAACCACAAAAAGAGAACUUCCUUCGAAAAAGAGCCGCAAGUGGAUGUUAGUGCAAACAGGAAAUGAAUAUGCAAAAAAGGGAAAGAGGAUAUGAAAAAUGCAAAUAUCAAAUCGAGUUCAAUGCAAAAAUCAUCUGCUAGCCAAACGAAACGUGUUUACACAAUUCAGUCAAUGCAAGCGAAACUUAAUACGAAUACAUAUGUGAGUCACUGUGCAGCCAAUCGCUAAUUGUGGCUGUGCGCAACUGUUGUUGGACAAAAGCGAUGGCAAAACUCAUAUGAAAAUAUGCAUUAAGUGCAACCGCAAAAUAGAAAACCAACAGAAACCAACAGACGGAAAUAAUAAUUUUAAUAAAAAGAAGAGGACAAAGGGAAAUUACGCUGUGGAAAAACGAUAGAGGAAACCAAAAAGGAAAAAAAAACACGAGAUUGCAAAUGUAAAAAUUGAUUUCUGCGGUUUCAACUAACGGAUAUUGCUCAUACGCAAAGUAUUGUGGCCAAAUAGCGGUAGUGAAGUUAAGAAAACAGCAGCAAAAACUAAGAGCUGAUAAAUAAAUAACGAAUAAUUGUGUUGAUCAAUUAAUAAUCAAUAAAAAUAACAGAAAAUGGCGCUGCCCAGAAUUGAAUUCUGCAGGAUUUUCAUCAUCUUUAUCGCCUGCCUCACAGCAUUGCCAGAGCUGACUGUGGGGCUGCGCAAUGUUAACGUUCGCAUUCCGGCGGCCGUUAAGCGCGGCGAUAAUGCGCUCUUAAUCUGCAAUUAUGACAUCGAGAACGACACGCUCUAUGCGGUAAAAUGGUACCGAGGCCGCAGAGAGUUCUAUCGUUAUACGCCCAAGGAGAAUCCAGCAUGGAAGAUAUUUACGAAAACGAAUGAAAUUGAAGUCGAGACCACACAAUCGAAUGCCAGUCAUGUGCUGCUGCGUAAUGUGCCCACCUCAAUAUCCGGCAAAUUCGCCUGCGAAGUCUCCGCCGAUGCGCCCACCUUUGACACAUCCAUUGUGACCGCCGAUAUGGAGGUUGUCGAACUGCCCUCACAACGUCCCAUCAUAACGGGCAUUCAUUCGCGUUAUCGCCUUGGCGAUAUCAUCAAUGGCAACUGCUCGUCGGAUUACUCAAAGCCCGCAGCGAAUCUUACCUGGUGGAUCAACGAUAUACAAGUGCCACCAAAUUAUUUGCGGGUCUAUGACAUUCAACGACACCUGGCUGAGCAUCUUGAGUCAUCAGUGUUGGAGCUGAAUUUCGUGGUGACAACUCAUCACUUUAUCAAGGGACGCCUCAAGCUAAAGUGCUCAGCUCGCAUUCAUGAUAUUUAUGCGCAGGAGAGUGAAAAACUCAUUGAAGAGGAUCGACCACGAAUUUUGGCAUCGGGUCGCUCGCCGGACAUGAACAUGUAUCCAUUCGAUCAGCCUGGCGAUGGGAAUGAGCACAACGAGUUGUUCUUGACAGAUCGAAAUGAUGCCACAACGUUGUUGAAGCUAAAUUGGCAACGGCAACUGAGCUUUUGGCUGUUGUUACUGCUGCUGCAUUUGACCUGGAACAGGACAAACUGGAGUAUCAGGACGACAAGGAUUAAGAGUACCCCAAGUCCUUGUUGCAGCGAAGCAGCGCCAAAACUUAAGUUGGCUACACGGUGAUGCGUUGGACCUGCUCUGCAGCUGCCGCGAGAAUUGGACUUCAAGACGAGCAUGAGGUUGAGGACGAGGACUCCUAUUGCCCCAUAGAACUAGCAUUUGUGUGUGCUAGCAGCGUCAACAAUUAUAAACAGAAUCAUAUAUAUGCGGGCGUAUUCCCAAUCCAAUGUGAAAUUGGCAAACGGGAAGAGCCUUCUUAGUGAAAUGCGAAUAGUCGAAAUUUGUCAUUAACUGUAACGUUUAGCAAAUGUUUGUUGUGCUGCCCCCCUAAUCCUCUGCCCUAUUCCUCAUUCCUAUCGCUCUCCUCUCCCACAUAAAGCUACUAAAUAUACCAGCAAAACAUAACGAAAUAUAUACUGUAAAAAUGGAAUAUCUCAUUUCGCCACCUAAGCCUAAGUCGAAUGUAAAUAAAUCAUAACACAACCAAAAAAAAAAAAAACAAUCUCAAUUUCAAUGGAAAUACAAAAAACAAAAUUUUAAAUAUUAAGCUAACUUACCAAAAAGAAUUUUUUUAUGACUUUUUAGUAGUUUAUUUUCGAUUUUAAAUUUGAGAUGUUUUCGUUAAGCUCUAACUAAGUAUAUCAAUAAAUUGUUGGUUUAACCUAAGUGACAUUUGUUAGGAAAUUGAGGUGUUGUGUGUUGAUUUUAUUUUGGUUUACACUGUAUACAAAAU